CCGACGUCUAUAAAUUCCGGUCUAUAUCCUGAUAUCUUCUCUACGACAACAACAACAACAACAUCAGCUCUCCACAAAGACAACCUCUCUGAUAACACAUACAGUUCUCUCUCUUUCUACACACAUUCAAGCAUAUCCAACAUGCAGUUCAGCAUUCUCUCCCUCGGCCUGAUGGCCACAUCCACUCUGGCCGCCAAAGACGUUGUGUCGAUGUUUAUCCCCGACAGUGACGGCAUGUCCUAUAAUGGAAAGGUCAUUGGCAUUAACGGUACUACAACUUCAUAUGAACUUGCCUGUGCCGAUGCCUCUGCCACGACCUCUGCCCCUUCUGCUACGGCGAGCUGCAACAUGGAGGAAAAUGGACAUCCCACUAUCAUCUCAGCACCCUACAGCAUUCAUGUCAUGGACCCCCCUGGCCAAGUCAAAAAUAUCGUCGACUGCCAGCUUCACGGCAAAAACGCUACCUGCACUGGAACUUUGACUGCAUAUGAAGGGGGAUCUAUGAUGAACACAUUUACAGUCCCUAUUACCUCCAACAGAGUUACCGUUACUGCAACGGAUGUGUCGACUACCAUUGCAUCUACGAAGGCUACUGCUACUGCCACUGGUGCUUCGGCUACAGCUGAUGCUACUUCGGAUUCUGCUUCUGCCUCGGCAACACCUACUGUGACUGACAAUGCUGCCAUGGCUCAGAUGACAGCCAAGCGGGGGAACGAUGGGAUGGUCAACGUCCUCUUGGACCAUCGCGCAGAUCCAAUCUACUAUAAUGCAGAGGGGGUGUCAGGGCUGACUGCUGCGUCCGAGCACUGCAUGAAAUGGGAGACAAUCUUACGCCUUUUCCAUGUGUAUGUAAAUGUAGGCGGCGAUAUCAAUUACGACGAGCCAACAAUGCCCCAAGAGUAUCGACGAUGGCCGCGCCUUGAUGGCCGUCCUGAGCAUCUGCCUCUCUAUCGGUUUGCGCUGGAUGGCUCCGUGCAAGGCGUCAACCUGCUACUGGAGCAUAACGCGGAUCCCGCCUCCACCAAAGGCAAAUGCGGACUGACUGCAUUGCAAACUGCUCUAGUCGAAUGCCUCCCAAAUAGUGAAGCUUAUAACGAAAUUAGCGAAAUGCUAAUUGAAGCCAUCGACAAAGACACUCCAGUGGCUUUGGGAACAGUUGUUUGA